CAAGCAACUGAUCUCCUCCUCUCUAGAGCUCUUAAAGUGACAACAAUGUCUACUACAACCUUUUCUUCUCUCCAAGUUUCAUUGCUGCUUUCGUUGUUCAUUCUUACUUCUCUAGUGGCUGUCUCAGCUGGCAACUUCUAUCAAGACUUUGACAUCACUUGGGGAGAUAACCGUGCUAAGAUACUUAAUGGAGGCAAUCUUCUUACUCUUUCCCUAGAUAAGAUUUCCGGCUCAGGUUUCCAGUCCAAGAAUGAGUACCUAUUUGGAAGGAUUGACAUGCAAAUCAAGCUCGUAGCUGGUAAUUCAGCAGGCACUGUCACUGCUUAUUACUUAUCUUCUCAAGGACCUACACACGAUGAGAUUGACUUCGAGUUCUUGGGAAACGUGUCUGGGGAUCCAUAUAUACUCCAUACCAAUGUGUUCUCACAGGGAAAAGGCAAUAGGGAGCAACAAUUCUAUCUCUGGUUUGAUCCCACAAUGGCAUUCCACACAUACUCCAUCGUCUGGAACACUCAACGCAUCAUGUUCUUGGUGGAUAACAUUCCUAUAAGAGUGUUUAACAACCUGGAAUCAAUUGGUAUUCCAUUUCCCAAAAGCCAACCCAUGAGGAUUUACUCAAGCCUCUGGAAUGCUGAUGACUGGGCAACAAGAGGUGGGCUUGUAAAGACUGACUGGACAAAAGCUCCAUUUACAGCUUCUUACAGAAACUUCAAAGCCAAUGCUUGUGUUUGGUCCUCGGAGUCAUCCUGUGUCUCCUUGUCCACCAAUUCUUUGCAGACCAGUGAAUGGCAGAAUCGAGCUCCUAAUGCAGCUGAAAGGAACAGAAUCAGAUGGGUGCAACAGAAGUACAUGAUUUACAACUAUUGCAAUGACUUUAAACGUUUCCCUCAAGGUCUCCCAGCCGAAUGCAAGCGAUCAAGGUUCCUCUAGAGAGGCUAAAUUGGCCUGUAUAUUCAAUUGUUGAUUCCUCUGUAUCAAUAUGAAUUCUUUAUUCUUUGUGCAAAAAUAUGUUGUAAGCAAAAUAAAUCAGUUUUUUUU